AUGGGUAGAAGAACUUACGAGAGAGAGAAACCUGAAGGCAUCAAGGAAUCUGAUACUGGGUUAGCUGUGCCUAGCCAAUGGGAUCUCGUCUCUGAUAAGCAAAUGACGCAGGCGGAGCAACCACUUCAGUCAUUGAGUAUUGACUAUAUUUUUCACCCAGGCCGCACAAAAAUAAUUAAUCCGAAUACAGGAGAUGCCAAAUAUGUUAUCAAUGUGAAGCAAAUAGCCAAGUUUGUUGUUGGCUUGGGUGACAAAGUUUCCCCCACUGACAUUGAAGAAGGCAUGCGUGUGGGGGUUGAUCGCAACAAAUAUCAGAUACAAAUUCCCUUGCCUCCAAAAAUUGACCCAAGUGUGACCAUGAUGACCGUGGAGGAGAAGCCAGAUGUCACAUAUAAUGACGUAGGUGGAUGUAAGGAGCAGAUUGAAAAGAUGCGGGAAGUUGUUGAGCUACCAAUGCUUCAUCCCGAGAAAUUUGUCAAGCUCGGGAUCGAUCCUCCUAAGGGUGUUCUUUGCUAUGGUCCUCCUGGAACUGGUAAAACACUUCUGGCAAGAGCUGUUGCAAACAGAACUGAUGCUUGCUUCACUCGUGUUAUUGGAAGCGAGCUUGUUCAAAAAUAUGUUGGUGAAGGAGCUAGGAUGGUUCGAGAACUGUUUCAGAUGGCACGAUCAAAGAAAGCAUGCAUUGUGUUCUUUGAUGAAGUUGAUGCCAUUGGAGGUGCACGUUUCGAUGAUGGUGUGGCUGGAGACAAUGAGGUUCAGCGAACCAUGCGUGAAAUCGUUAACCAGUUUGAUGGCUUUGAUGCUCGUGGAAACAUCAAAGUCCUGAUGGCAACGAACAGGCCAGACACACUAGACCCUGCGUUAUUACGUCCCGGACGACUGGAUCGUAAAGUCGAGUUUGGUCUUCCCGAUUUAGAGAGCCGGACACAGAUAUUCAAGAUUCACACAAGAACAAUGAAUUGCGAGCGCGAUAUUAGAUUUGAGCUUUUGGCCCGACAUUGAAUUAUUCCACCGGAGCCGAUAUAAGGAGCGUAUGCACCGAGGCCGGAAUGUACGCGAUUCGAGCUCGAAGAAAAACGGUGACGGAAAAAGAUUUCCUCGACGCAGUAAACAAAGUCAUCAAGGGAU